AUGACCCAGUCGUGCUGCUCCCCUUGCUGCCAGCCUACGUGCUGCUGCAGGACCACCUGCUGCCGGACCACCUGCUGCCAGCCCACAUGCUGCGGGUCUAGUGGCUGUGGGUCCAGCUGCUGCCAGCCCACAUGCUGCGGGUCUAGCGGCUGUGGGUCCAGCUGCUGCCAGCCUUGCUGCCGCCCCACCUGCUGUCAGACCACCUGCUGCAGGACUACCUGCUGCCAGCCAAGUUGCUGCGAGUCCAGUGGCUGUGGACAAAACUGCUGUGGGUCCAGCUGCUGCCAGCCCAGCUGCUGUGAGUCCAGCUGCUGCCAGCCUUGCUGCCGCCCCACCUGCUGUCAGAUCACCUGCUGCAGGACCACCUGCUGCCAGCCCAGCUGCUGCGAGUCCAGUGGCUGUGGACAGAGCUGCUGUGGGUCUAGCGGCUGUGGGUCCAGCUGCUGUGGGUCUAGUGGCUGUGGACAAAACUGCUGUGGCUCCAGCUCCUGCCAGCCCAUUUUCUGUACACCUGUGUACUGCACGAGAACCUGCUACCACCCCACCUGCUGCUGCCUGCCUGGGUGCCUAGCCCAGGGCUGUGGGUCCAGCUGCUGCCAGCCUUCCUGCUGCUGA